GAGCACAGACUGGGUCCUGUUUAAAUGGCCAUUUCUAUGCAAACUAAGCAGUUACUGCUACAAAGUGAAACUACAGCGACCGCGAGUAAAGAAGAAUGAACACAGACAAAACCCUUAAUAUAUAUUUCUAUUCUAUUUGCUCAAAGACAGGCAUGCAUGGGCCAUUUCCUGCAGUUCAGACGCUACUUGCUUCAUCAGAGUGACUUUACAUGCACACAGAUACGCGUGAACGCACACGUGAAAGCAUACGUUGAUGAGUCCUACCCACAGCCAGAGUCAGGCCAAUAGGAGACGGCGCCGGUGACCAAAGGGCUGCUCUUAUCUCGCUAUUUAUCCAGCUGAGAUCACAGUCACAUCUGCAGCUGAGCGACGGCUCAGAAGCUUAAGACAGAGUGAGAGAGAGAGAGACACAGAGCGGGAAGACAGAUAAAAAGACAACUCCACAGGCAUUUAAGAUACUUGAGGUCCUGUUGAUUCCAGCAGCACAGAUAAUCACCUUAACCACCCUCCCACCCUCAUCCUCGCCCCGUGCUGCAUCCCCUUCCUCCCUAAAACCAUGGAGAAGGUCACCAAGCUGACAGACAUCACCGCAGCCCCGUCCGUUCACCUGGAACGCCGCGUCCGCCACCGGCCCACCGCCGCCGCCGUCCUCAAAUCCAAGCUGAAGCAGAGCGCCGCCUGCUCCGUCCCCAGGGUCCGAUCCGCCCUCAGCGGCUUCUUCCCGGUGGUGCGCUGGCUGCCCAAAUACAAGAUCCGAGAAUACAUCUGCGGCGACGUGAUGUCGGGCCUGAUCAUCGGCAUCAUCCUGGUGCCGCAGGCCAUCGCCUACUGCCUGCUGGCAGGCGUGGAGCCCAUCUACGGCCUCUACACGUCCUUCUACGCCAACAUCAUCUACUUCCUCAUGGGGACGUCCAGACAUGUUUCCGUGGGGAUCUUCAGCCUCAUGAGCCUCAUGGUUGGCCAGGUUGUGGAUAAGCACAUGUUCAUGGCCGGGUUUGAUCUCAGUGAGGAUUCCAAAGCAUCUGGUGACCUGAACGGCUCCGCGGACGCGAACCUCACGGCCGGUCAUCUGCACACAGUGGAGCUCAUGGGUGUGCAGUGUGGGAAGGAGUGCUACGCCAUCAGCACCGCUGCUGCGCUCACGUUCAUUGCUGGUGUGUACCAGGUCCUGAUGGCUGUGUUCCGGCUGGGCUUCGUCUCCGUUUACCUGUCCGGCCCCAUGCUGGAGGGUUUCGCUUCAGGAGCCUCUGUCACCAUUCUCACCGUGCAGGUUAAAUACCUGCUGGGGCUCAGAAUUCCCCGUCACCAAGGCUACGGCACCGUCGUCGUCACCUGGAUCAAUGUUUUUGCUAACAUCCACAAGACCAACCUGUGUGACCUCAUCACCAGCGCCAUCUGCAUCUCCAUACUCGUAGCCGGAAAAGAGAUCCAGGAGCGCUACAAGGACCGUCUAAAGGUCCCUCUGCCCACGGAGCUGGUAGUGGUGGCGGGUGCGACGCUGGCCAGCCACUUUGGGGGGCUGAACAGCAAAUAUGGCUCCAGUGUCUCUGGUCACAUCCCCACAGGGUUCAUCCCUCCCCAGGUGCCCAGCGUCGACCUGAUGUCACAACUGGCAAUGGACGCCAUUCCUCUGUCUGUCAUUAGUUUUGCCUUCACAGUGUCACUGUCUGAGAUGUUUGCCAAGAAGAACGGCUACACGGUUCGGCCGAACCAGGAGAUGCUGGCCAUCGGCUUCUGCAACAUCAUCCCCUCCUUCUUCCACUGCUUCACAACCAGCGCAGCUUUGGCUAAAACCAUGGUGAAGGACUCGACCGGCUGCCAGACACAGGUCUCCAGCCUCGUCAGUGCCUUGGUUGUCCUCAUGGUGCUGCUGUUCUUCGCGCCUUUCUUCUACGCUCUCCAAAAGUGUGUCCUUGCUUGUAUCAUCAUUGUGAGCCUUCGGGGAGCUUUGAGGAAAUUCAAGGACAUCCCGGCGAAGUGGCGCGAGAGCAAGAACGACGCCGCCGUCUGGCUCGUCACCAUGUUCGCCACGGCGCUGAUUAGCGUGGAGCUGGGCCUCGUGGUCGGAGUCGUCUUUUCCAUGGGCUGCGUCAUUUUCAAGACCCAGAAGCCUAAAGUCUCGCUCUUGGGCCGGGUCAGUGGCACGGAUCUUUACGAGGACAUGGACGAGUAUGUGGACCUCACGCUGCCACCUCAGGUUCACAUCCUCCGCUUCCAGGCUCCUCUAUACUAUGCCAACAAGGACGUGUUCCUCAAAUCCGUUUAUAAAAUUGUUGGUGUUGAACCUUUCCUGGAGAUGACGAGGAGAAGAAAGGCAGAGAAGGCGAGCAAAGAGAAGACUUCAAGACGGACCAAGGCAGUCGGGGACAAAAACAAUGGCGAUGUUGUAAUUGGACUUGUCCAGAGAGAACUAGGCUUCCACACGAUCGUCUUGGACUGCUCUGCCAUCCCCUUUAUAGACUCAACAGGCACAGGUGCUUUUAAAAUGCUGCUUAAGGAGUAUAAAGAGAUCGGGGUGGAGGUGCUGCUUGCCUGCUGUAACACCUCGGUCAUCGACACGCUGCAGAAGGGAGAUUUCUUUGGGAAGAACGACGAGAACAUGAGCGGCCUGCUCUUCCAUACAGUCCAUGCUGCGGCCCUCUAUGCAAACAGAACCUGCACAGCCAUCGGGUCAGAAGACUCCGCAAUGUAGAGCAGCUGGAACAAGCAGGGGAUAAAGAAAAGAGUGAGGUUAAAUACGGCACCUCGCUGUCUGUGACAUUCCUGCUUUACAGAGAGUAGCUUAAGGGUUUGUACAACAAAACAUGGCAUUGGAGGAGGACCCUACUGGGAAGUAAACAUUUAAACUUAAGGAAAGUAUGCAGUGGUCCCGCCUGGUCCCUAUGACCCAGCUACACACUACAGCAACUUGGGUCAUUGCAUACAGUGCCUUCAAAGAGCCUCUCAGGCUACUCUCUUUAAUCCACCUGUUUCAAAUGUGGCCCUGAAUAUAAAACUACCUGAACUACAAAGACACGAGUGCUUUUAGUAGUAGUAACGUGUCCAAUGAGCACCCUAGCUCCAGAGGCAGCACCCCUGAGAUCCUCAUGCAAUGGUUUAGGAUGAUGGAAAUCUAGAGCUGCUGCAUCUGUAGCAGACAACACCGUUUGUGAUCCCUCCUGAACCUUGCAUGGAUGAUACAUGAUAUUGUAGCAGGCACAAAUAUGUUCAGUUUCUAUUUGACCCAUGAGUCAAAAGUAAUGUCUCUGGCAAAGCUUUUAAUGGCUCCAUGAGUCCAAAGAUUCAUGGUCAGCCUCCCACUCAAAGGCUUGACUUCAGACCAGAGCUCAUAACAAUAACAACUCUUGUCCUUGGUCCCCCAACAGAAGCAACUUUAUGGCAAGUGAUUGUAAAAAUAAAGGAUUUACAUCCAUGAGGCUAUGUUCAGGUGCAAGAAUCAAGCAAGUGUUUCUAAACGUUGCCAUUUGACCACUGAUGGAAGCGGACGAUUCAUCCUGAUGUUUCAUGAUUACAAAUCCACCUCUUUGCAUUAAUGCAGAUGCAUACAGUACAUUUAAAAUGAUUCUGUCAUCACAGUGUGGCAUCAUUGUCCACAUCUGGUGCAGUGAUGAUGUGAUAUUAUCUGAAAGGUAAACUAAGUAAAAUAGAAGUGAUUCUGAACUGGUGGGCCGUUUGACUGCAUAGAAGAUGACCCACAUACUGAAUGCUACUUGAAUUUGGCAAAGCGCAUGUACUGUGCAGUAUGACUCCCUUAAAACUGCUAAAACUAAUUUUCCAACUGUGACAAAUUAUUACAUUUAGGAAAAAUGUUGCUGAAAUCUUCUGAUAUGUCAGCCUUAUGAUGAAAUGCAUUUGAGAAGUUUCCUCGAUUUGAGUUGCGGCUUGUCAUUUAAGGGUUGAUGAUGGGCCCGAAGCCGGACCAGUUGAGAACCACUGAAAUAGAGUAAGAGACCUGGGAACAAUGGGCCUAUAGGAACAAAGAGAUCAUCAGGCUCUGACUGACAGUCAGACUGUUUGGUGUGACAGCAACAUACAAUACAAUCUUACCCAACAGAUUGUUGUUGUUUUUUUUAAAUUUUAUAUUGUUUAUUUCUUAUUUACAUGUAUGUAUCAUAUAAUUUGAUAUUAUUUGGUUUAUAAUUUAGAUGCUACUGCCUCAUUUGCACAUCUGGUUAUCUUUCAUUAUAAACUGUUACUUUUAAAAAUAUUAUUACUUUCAAAUAUUACUUUUACUAAAUAUUAUUGUUAUUGGUAUUUUUGCAAAUAACAUUUUGUACCAACCAAAUUUAAGGCAACUUUGUCACUUUGUUGAAUCAAAGGUUUGUAAUUUUUGUGUAAAAUACAGUAUAAUAAUUGAAAAUAUUACUUUAAUAUUUUUACCAUCAAGACAAUAUUGAAGUAGUGUCAUUGAAACAAGAUGUAAAUAAUAUACAUUUAUUUUAUCAUCAAAUAUUUUUAACAUUUUCAUUUCACCUUAACUGUGAUACUGAUACUUUAGACAGUGUUAAUAAACAAACACUACCUUAAUGUUGGAAACUCGAAUGAAACUAAUGCAUUCAAUAAAAACUUGUGACUCAUUCAAUAA